AGAGAUAGAAAAAACAAGAAAGAAGGAAAGAAAAAAAAUAAAGGAGUGAGAGAGAGAGUGAGUGAGUGAGAAAGGGAAGAUCGUUGGCGAAGGGGGCGCCUGUGUAGAGUGAUCGUGCGUCUGCUGCUGGUGUGGUGGUAGUGCGCGCGUUCUAAGCUCCAGUAAAAUAAUCGGUGAAAGAAUAAAGAAUAAGUGUUAAGAAGAAAAGUAAGUUGGCCGGGUUGAUUAGGACAAAUCGAGGGGCAUAAUACGGCGAAUAGUGAGAUCCGAUGUCUAGUGCUGAGGUGGUGGAGAGUUCCGUUGACCCCCCAGCCAAAAAGCCACGCUUUGCUGCCACAACGGGAGGUGCCGACGACUCCAAGACACUCGCAGACAUGGCGAAGAAUGGCUCGACGUCAUCCCGGGCUCCCGCCGAAAUCGACGAGAGCCUUUAUUCAAGGCAGCUUUACGUGCUAGGACACGAUGCCAUGCGACGUAUGGCGACAUCCGAUGUCCUCAUUUCCGGAUUGGGUGGUCUUGGGGUUGAGGUAGCUAAAAAUGUUAUCCUUGGUGGUGUCAAAUCAGUCACCCUACACGACACUGCAGCUUGUCAACUCUCAGAUCUUGGAUCACAAUUUUAUCUUACCAAAGAAGAUAUUGGUAAAAAUCGGGCUGCUGCUUGUUGUCAACGUCUUUCAGAACUUAACAACUAUGUACCAACUUCAUAUCAUUGCGGAUCAUUAACUGAAUCUUUUAUCAAGAAAUUUAGAGUCGUUGUAUUGUCAGAGACUCCUCUUUCAGAACAAUUGCGUAUCUCUCAAAUUACUCAUGCCAAUGAUAUAGCACUUAUUAUUGCUGAUACUCGUGGUCUGUUCUCUCAGGUCUUCUGUGAUUUUGGUCAGUCGUUCACUGUCGUAGACACCAAUGGUGAACCACCUGUUAGUGCUAUGGUCGCUAGUAUUUCUAAAGAUUCAGAAGGAGUUAUUACAUGUUUAGAUGAUACUCGUCAUGGCAUGGAAGAUGGCGAUUGUGUAACAUUCUCAGAAAUUCAAGGCAUGACUGAGCUUAACGGUUGCGAACCUAAAAAGAUCAAAGUACUUGGACCGUAUACUUUCAGUAUCGGAGAUACUUCUACUUAUUCUGAAUAUAUAAGAGGUGGAAUCGUAACGCAAGUUAAGGUACCAAAAACAUUGCAUUUUCUACCACUGGAUGAAGCCUUAAAAAAACCCGAAUUCUUAGUAACUGAUUAUGGAAAAUUCGAUUAUCCUAAACAAUUGCAUUUAGCAUUUAAAGCUUUAGAUCGUUAUCGAGAAAACGAAGGAAGAUUGCCUAAACCAUGGAAUGAAGAAGAUGCCGAUGCAUUUGUAGGUAUCGCUGAAAACAUUAAAAAAGAAACUGAAGAUGACAUUGAGAUUAAUACAGAUCUAUUGAAAACAUUUGCUAAAAUCUCUGCUGGUGAUUUAAAUCCUAUGAACGCUACGAUAGGUGGUAUCGUAGCUCAAGAAGUAAUGAAAGCUUGCACUGGUAAAUUCCAUCCCAUAUAUCAAUGGUUGUACUUCGAUGCAAUCGAAUGUCUGCCUAAAGAAGAACCUAAGGAAAAAGAUUGUAGUCCACUUGGUACUCGUUACGAUCGACAAAUAGCUGUUUUUGGAAGACCAUUCCAAUCUAAGAUUGGUAGUCUAAAAUAUUUUGUUGUUGGAGCAGGUGCUAUUGGUUGUGAGCUAUUGAAGAAUUUUGCUAUGAUAGGAGUUGGAUCAGAAAAUGGUUAUGUUACUGUAACAGAUAUGGAUUUGAUAGAAAAAUCGAAUUUAAAUAGACAAUUUUUGUUCAGACCAUCCGACGUUCAAACAUCUAAAUCAUCUACAGCAGCCAGAGUUAUUAAAGGAAUGAAUCCUGACAUGAAAGUUAUUGCUCAUGAAAAUAGAGUUUGCGCUGAAACUGAAAAGGUAUACAAUGAUGAUUUCUUUGAAGAUCUCGAUGGAGUUGCUAAUGCUUUAGACAAUGUUAAUGCACGCAUUUAUAUGGAUCGUCGAUGUGUCUAUUACCGUAAAUCUUUACUAGAAUCUGGUACCUUAGGUACAAAAGGCAAUACUCAAGUGGUUGUUCCAUUUUUAACUGAAUCAUAUAGUUCUUCACAAGAUCCACCAGAAAAAAGUAUACCAAUUUGUACAUUAAAGAAUUUUCCUAAUGCAAUAGAACAUACUCUUCAGUGGGCUAGAGAUUAUUUCGAAGGUUUAUUCAGACAAGCUGCAGAAAAUGCAGCUCAAUAUAUUUCAGAUCCUCAAUUUAUAGAAAGAACCUUAAAACUGCCUGGUAUGCAACCAUUAGAAGUACUAGAAUCUGUUAAAACUGCAUUAGUCGAUGAAAGACCUAAAACAUUUGCUGAUUGCGUCGCAUGGGCUCGUUGUCAUUGGCAAGAUCAAUAUAGUAAUCAAAUCAGACAAUUACUAUUUAAUUUUCCACCUGAUCAAGUAACAUCCAGCGGACAAUUGUUUUGGUCUGGACCAAAACGUUGCCCUGAUCCAUUGGUCUUUGACGUUAACAAUACUUUACAUAUGGAUUAUAUCGUCGCUGCUGCUAAUCUGAAAGCAAAGGUCUAUGGAAUUAAAACUAAUCGGGAUCGUGAAGAAAUUGCUAAAAUAGUUUCCACUGUUCAAGUACCAGAAUUUACUCCAAAGUCAGGCGUUAAAAUAGCUGAGACAGAUACUCAGGUUCAAGUAUCUAAUGGAAUGGGACAAGUAUCAAGUGGAAAUCUCGAUCACGAAAGGCUAACUCAGUUGCAAGAAGAAUUACCAAAAGUUAGUGAACUUAAUGGAUUGGAAAUACAUCCUCAAGAAUUUGAAAAAGAUGAUGAUACGAAUUUCCAUAUAGACUUUAUAGUAGCAGCAUCUAAUUUACGUGCUACUAAUUACAAAAUUGCACCUGCUGAUAGGCAUAAGAGUAAACUCAUAGCUGGAAAGAUUAUUCCAGCUAUAGCCACCACUACAUCUGUAGUAGCUGGAUUGGUGUGUCUAGAGUUAUACAAAUUAACCAGAGGUGUUAGAGACUUGUCUGUUUAUAAAAAUGGUUUUGUUAAUCUGGCCUUACCAUUCUUUGGAUUCUCUGAACCAAUUUCGGCACCUAAAUUAAAAUAUUACGACACGGAAUGGACAUUAUGGGAUCGUUUCGAAGUUAAGGGAGAGCUAACGCUAAAAGAAUUUUUAAAUUACUUCAAAAAGAAUCAUAACCUUGAAGUAACCAUGCUAUCCCAAGGUGUAUGUAUGUUGUAUUCGUUCUUUAUGCCAAAACCAAAAUGCGAAGAACGUAUGGGCCUACUUAUGUCAGAGGUUGUGAAGAAAGUAUCUAAGAAAAAAUUGGAACCCCAUGUAAAAGCACUGGUAUUUGAACUAUGUUGUAAUGAUGCCGAAGGAAACGAUGUCGAAGUCCCAUACGUACGUUAUACUUUAGCUUGACUCCCUCUUUAAACAUUUAUCAGUAAAACAGAAAAAAAAAA